AUGACUCUAUUUAAGUCCACGACAAGGGUUAAACCCUCUAAUACUGAAGUUAAUGAAAAGAAAGAUGAAAAAAAUUACAAUUCAUCUAUAAUUCCAACGGAUGAUGAUAAUUGUACUAUCACGAUAAUAGUACCUCCUACUGCUCGUCCGGUAAAUUCACGUUAUUCAAUGCAAUAUUUAAAACAAUUUCAACAUGAACAACAAUCUCAACAACUUUAUACUGAAGAUUAUUCACCAGGAAGAUUGAGUUCACCUAAACAAACAUUAGUAGAAGUCCCAAAAUAUUCUUGGAAAAAUAUUCUCAUUAUUACUCUAAUUUCUUUGAUUUUAAUGAUUACUGUUGGAAAGCCUAAUGGUCAUCCUAAAUCAUUGACAACGACACAGGAUGAUGAUCACGGUUCCCGCGAGAAUCCAAUUUAUAUAUAUAAGUAUAUAUGUAUGAAUAUUUAUGGAAUUAUCAAAAAAAAUUUUGCUGAUUUCAGCGAUAAGGAAGAAAUGAGGUAA